AUGUCGACGGUGGUGGUUUUGGACAACGGCGGCGGCCUAAUUAAAGCCGGCAUAGGCGGCGAGAUGGACCCCGUAUGCGUCGUUCCCAACUGCACAGCUCGUCCCCUGGCUUCCAAGAAGUGGUUGCUCGCCGACCAACUCCUUUCCCCAACCGAAGACCUCACCUCCGCCACCAUCCGCCGCCCCUUCGACCGCGGCUACUUAACGAACCCAGAUCUCCAGUCCACCAUCUGGGCCCACGUCUUCAACAAUCUCCUCAAAGUGACGCCGUCUCAGUGCUCCCUCCUCCUUACGGAGCCCCUCUUCACGUUGCCUUCAAUUCAGCGUUCUGUGGACGAAUUGGUAUUCGAAGAGUUCAAUUUUGAGUCCCUUUUUGUUGCUGAUAGUCCAUCUUUAGUCCAUUUGUACGAGGCUUCUAGAAGACCUUAUGGGCUGGCCUCUAGAGCUCAGUGUAGCUUGGUUGUGGAUUGUGGGUUUAGUUUUACUCAUGCCGCCCCUGUGUUCCAGAACUUCACUUUGAACUAUGGGGUGAAAAGAUUGGAUCUUGGGGGCAAGGCAUUGACUAAUUAUUUGAAAGAGUUAGUGAGUUAUAGGAGCGUGAAUGUGAUGGACGAGACCUUUAUAAUUGAUGAUGUUAAGGAGAAGCUGUGCUUUGUUUCUUUGGAUAUUGACAGGGACUUGGAGGUUGCAAGGAGAAGGGGUAGAGAUAAUUUGUUCAGAUGCACAUAUGUCCUUCCUGAUGGCAUCACUCAUACAAGGGGUUUUGUCAAGGACCCGAAUGAAGCCAAGAGGUAUAUGAGUUUAGAUGAUGAAGAUGAAAAAGAGGAUGAAACCGACCUAAUGGAUACCACAGAAAGAUCUGAUAGACGGACGAUUGACUUGUCCAAAAAUGAGUUUAGCGUGACAAAUGAGCGGUUUGUUGUACCAGAGAUGAUCUUUCGGCCAGCUGAUUUAGGAAUGAACCAAGCAGGGCUAGCAGAAUGCAUUGUGCGUGCCGUCAAUUCCUGUCAUCCUUACCUUCAUCCCGUGCUCUAUGAAAGUAUCAUAUUAACUGGUGGAAGCACUCUGUUUCCUCGAUUUGCUGAAAGAUUGGAGAAGGAGCUUCGCCCCCUUGUCCCGGAUGAAUAUAGAGUGAAAAUAACCUGUCAAGAAGACCGCAUAUUAGGUGUCUGGCGAGGGGGAUCACUUUUCACAUCCAGUCCUGACUUUGAAACAAUGUGUGUUAGCAAGGCUGAAUACGAAGAGUUGGGUUCGGCUCGAUGCCGCAGGAGAUUUUUUCGCUAG